GUCCGUGAAAAUGCUGUUGCAGAACAUGGAAAGGGACGAUGACCGCGAUGAUUGCACAGCUGAUGCCCGCUCAUCCUGCACCUCAGAAAGCCAAGGUGCUUGGAUUCCAUGGGCGCACUCACAGGACGACCUUGACAAGAACCACUACCUUGAUCUGGUCCCAGCAGACUCCAAUGAUGGGAGCCAUUACUGCAUUUGGGUCUCCGAUGGAAGAGUAUCAGGUGCUUUCAAUUGCGACUGGUCCAACCAGGAAUUCCUGGGACAGAAUCCGGGUUCCUGGUACGUUGUGGUGGACCCUGACUUCAAGAAGGUCAGCCUGCAUGACCGUAAAGACGGCAAUUGUCCAGCUCUGCCGGCCGUGGAGUGCAAGGGCAAAACGGCCACAGGUUUCUGGAACUAUCGCUACACCAUUGUAGGUGCAGUGACAGAGACGUGGAAGGAAGGAACAGCGAAGAAGUACUCCGAGUCCAAGACUGAC